AUGGCUCUACUCCAUGCCCGCUGCGCUUUUGCUAGCAGCGCUACCUGGUCGGCUCAGUCCCGUGCUGAUGCCGCUAAGAGCAAGCCGGCACACGAGUUGCAAGCCUCGCUGAAAGUUGGCUCAAGCCUCAACGGCAAGCUCUUGAAUCAACAGACCGAACCGCUCUUCCCGUCGAACAAACCUAAGCCUAACCCUGAAGACAUUGCCACUCAGCCAUCCGUAUAUGACGAUCCGAAUCUUUCGAAAUUCUUCACCCCUACUAAAGGGUACGAGAACCUGCACCGAUUCGACCCCUCGUUCACUUGGACCAAAGGUGAAGAAUCUCGCUUGAUUAAACGUUUGGAUUGGAGAAUCACCGCAUGGGCAUGUCUGGCAUUCUUUGCUCUGGACCUCGGUAGAGGCAACCUCUCGCAAGCCAACACGGACAACUUCAUUCCUGACCUCGGAAUGAGAAGGAACGAUUACAAUCUGGGAAAUACGAUUUACCAAGUCUCUUUCCUGCUUGCCGAGAUUCCAAGUCAGAUGAUCAGCAAGAGACUGGGAGCUGAUCGCUGGAUCCCCUUCAUCAUGAUUGCAUGGAGCAUUGUCUCCGGAGCUCAAUUCUUCUUGUCGGGCCGCACUAGCUUCCUCGUCACUCGUUGCCUUCUCGGCUUGCUUCAAGGAGGUUUCAUUCCCGAAGCCGUCCUAUACCUGACUUACUUCUUCAAAACCGCCGAGCUGCCACUGCGAUUGGCCAUCUUCUGGGCCAUGCGACGUGUCGCAGAUAUCGUAGCUCCAUUGCUUGCGCUCGGCUUGCUCCAGAUGCGAGGAGUGUUGGGAUAUGAAGGAUGGAGAUGGCUGUUCCUGAUGGAGGGCAUCAUCAUGCUUAUCAUCGGUAUCUACUCGGCAUGCACCAUGGUCGCGUCUGCUACGCAGACGAAGAACAAGUUUCUCAGACCGAAUGGAUGGUUCAACGAACAAGAGGAAAAGGUUCUCGUAAUGAGAGUUUUGAGGGAUGAUCCCAGUAAAGGUGACUUGCACAACCGUCAACCCGUCACACCGAGGAUGCUCCUAAAGGCUCUGUCGGAUUGGCACAUGUGGCCGCUGUAUGUCUGUGGUUUGAUCUGGGAGAUGCCCGCUGGACCUCCAGACCAAUACUUCACGCUCAUCCUGACCGAUCUCGGCUUCGACACGAACGAAUCCAAUCUGCUAUCCAUUCCACCUCAAGUCGGCGCCAUCUUGAGCAUGUUCUUCUUCACCUACAUUUCCAUCGUCCUAUCGCGCAAAGCGUUCGUGGCUGUGUGGACCCAAAUUUGGAUGCUUCCGUGCUUGGUCGCCCUUGCUACCCUGCCAACAGGCGCCAAUCCUUGGAGCAAAUUCGCCAUUCUCACCGUGCUGCUCAGCUUCCCUAGCCCUCAUCCAGUGCAUGUCGGUUGGUGCAGCCAGAACUCUAAUAGUGUCAGAACUCGAGCCAUCAGCGCUUGCGUCUACAACAUGAUGACCCAGCUCGGUCGUGUCAUUUACAGCAACAUUUAUAGAGAGGACGACGAGCCAGAGUAUCGCCGUGGUAAUCGUACCUUGGUAGCCAUCUGUUCCAUGAAUAUCUGCAUCUAUGCCCUAAUCUCGCUAUUCUACACUCUGGUCAAUCGACACAGGUCGAAGAAGUGGGAUGCGAUGACCAAGGAAGAGCAGCUGGAAUACAUGUCACGUGCUGACGGCAAAGCUCUGGGUAACAAGCGACUCGACUUUAGAUUCGCAUGGUAA